GCGCCUGGCCGCGGAGAGUUUCCGCCAUUUUUGAAAAUUGGGAACGUCUGGGGCUAAGAGUAGCUACUGCCGUCGCGAUGGCAACCUUUGCUAUAGAACCCCAGGCGCCCACGUUGGGAUCUGAACCCAUGAUGCUUGGUUCACCCACAUCUCCAAAGCCAGGUGUGAAUGCUCAGUUUUUACCUGGAUUCCUAAUGGGGGAUUUACCAGCUCCAGUGACUCCACAACCUCGCUCAGUUAGUGGCUCUUCCGUGGGAGUGAUGGAAAUGAGGUCACCUUUACUGGCUGGUGGGUCACCACCACAACCAGUUGUACCAGCUCAUAAAGACAAAAGUGGAGCUCCACCAGUUAGAAGUAUAUAUGAUGACAUUUCUAGCCCAGGCCUUGGAUCGACACCUUUAACUUCAAGAAGACAGACAAACAUUUCAGUAAUGCAGAGUCCUCUUGGAGUUACAUCUACUACUCCUGGAUCAGGGCAGAGUGUGUUUAGUCCAGCAAAUAUUGGUCAACCAAGAAAGACAACGCUGUCUCCUGCCCAGUUGGAUCCUUUCUAUACUCAAGGAGAUUCUCUGACUUCAGAAGAUCACCUCGAUGACACUUGGGUGACUGUAUUUGGGUUUCCACAAGCAUCUGCUUCAUAUAUAUUGUUACAGUUUGCACAAUAUGGAAAUAUCUUAAAACAUGUGAUGUCUAACACAGGAAAUUGGAUGCAUAUUCGUUAUCAGUCUAAACUGCAGGCCCGGAAAGCAUUAAGCAAAGAUGGGAGAAUAUUUGGAGAAUCCAUCAUGAUUGGUGUAAAACCAUGUAUAGACAAAAGUGUUAUGGAAAACAGUGACAGAGGUGCUUUGUUGUCUUCGUCUCUAGCCUUUACACCACCAAUCAAAACCUUAGGUACACCAGUGCAGCCUGGAAGUACUCCUAGGAUUUCCACCAUGAGGCCUCUUGCUACAGCAUACAAAGCUUCUACUAGUGACUACCAGGUUAUUUCUGACAGACAAACGCCAAAAAAAGAUGAAAGUCUUGUAUCCAAAGCAAUGGAAUACAUGUUCGGUUGGUAGUAUGAUAGGAACUAAGAACUACCAAGGAGGAGGUUGCUACACUAAAAGCAGCUCCCCAAGCACCGCCAGUUUCCUUCGGUUAGUUGUAUAACCACUCAGGGCAGUUCUGGCUAGCUGUCUCAUACUUUUUCUAGAAGCCUUUUUCUGUAAGGAUACAGCCUGUCACUAACUCGCAUUUUAAAAGAUGCUUGAGAUACUUUUCAAAGGAAACUAAAAAUUCCUGUAGAUCGGAUUUUGUGCUCUCUGUGAUAGUGCAUGCUGACACACAAAAACCAGCAUCGAUUACUGUAAAUUAAAUGAUUGAACUUGUGGGAUGCUCUGUGGUCUUUGUGAGAAGAUGGGUGAAUUUCAUGAAGUUGCUUGUAUCAAGGCACAAUGAUUAUAAUUAGUUUGAAUUAUGGUCUUUUAGAUAGUAUUUAAUAUUUUAAUUAUCUUUGUAUAUGUCCUGUCUUGAAUUAUCAUCCUUUGGUG